UCUCCAUUAAAACCCUUUCGUUUUUUAUAGUCCUCACAUUUCAUGACAUUCGACGUCUCCGUUCCCAAAAUCCUAAUUGUUUUUGUUAAUUUGAGGUUAUUUUCAGUGGUGCUCAACGAUCCAUUCAUCGAAUGGUUACUUCUUGUGUUUGAACUUCGAAUUUUGAAGGUGUUUAGGGUUUUGGGAGUGAAAGUCGAAGUCUUGGUUGCUUUGUUUGAGAAUGGCUUUGUUAAUUAGAGUUUAUGUUCUAUUGAUUCAAUUGUUGGUGGUGGGGUUUGUGACUGGCAAUGUUGUUUUGAUGGGGAACAACAUUUCUAUGUCCUUUGAUGACAUGGAGGCUAACUUCACUCCUAAGAUAAAAGGAUCCGUUGAAAAUGGGGUCUUAUACUUGGCUGAUCCUAUAGAUGCGUGCUCUCCAUUGAAGAACAGGGUGGUUGAAGGUUCAAAUUCUCCAUUUGCGUUAAUUAUUAGAGGAAUCUGCUCUUUUGACGAUAAAGUAAGAAAUGCACAAAAUGCUGGAUACAAAGCGGCUAUUAUAUAUGACUGUGAAGAUGGUUUCCCCCUAGUCGAAAUGAGAGGAGCCCAAGAUGGCAUCAAGAUAUAUGCGGUCUUUAUAUCGAAAGCCUCAGGAAAAAUACUGAAGGAAUACGCAGGUCGUUCUGAUGUUGAGACAUGGAUCUUACCUGACUCCGAAAACCGUCCAUGGUCUGCGAUGACUGUUUCUUUCUUAUCGCUACUUGCCAUGGUUUUUGUGAUGGCUACAUGUUUACAUGGACACAACGCUGUACGUGAAAGGUUUAUAGCUCCUCAACUCCAAGAGUUUCAUGGAAUGAGUGGUAGUUUGGUGAAAGCAAUGCCGAGUGUGAGAUUCACAUGUGCUUUGGAGGAUAAUUGUACUUCGAGUACUUGUGCUAUUUGCCUCGAAGACUAUAGUACUGGAGAAAGGCUUAGAAUUCUCCCAUGUCGUCACAUGUUCCAUGCAAUUUGUGUUGAUUCUUGGCUCACAUCAUGGAGAACAUUUUGCCCUGUGUGCAAACGGGAUGCCAGGACGAACAUCAACAUCCCCCCAGCCUCAGAAUCUACUCCUUUGCUUUAUUCUGAUUCCCAAUCUUCAUCUUCAUCAAUACCAAUUUCUUCCUUGGCAAAAUCGUUACACACACCAGUAGUCUUAUCUCCAUCUUCUUUGUGCACUACUCAUCAUAUGGCUAGCUCAUACAGAUCCUACAAUAUCUCACCUGAUCUAUGUAUGAACAUAAACUUUUCAGGACAAAGAAACAUAUGUGGAAUGUCGCACCAUAUAUCUCCACAUUCUAUAGGUCUCUCCUUGCCCUCUUCUUACAGUUCGAGCUCUUCACGAGGUUAUAAUUCGAGUUGAAGCAAUGCAUCUCCCGAGUUCUCUUGCUGGAUCAUCCGGUCACUGUUGAUACUUGCGACGUUAUUGACUAACAAAGCUGUUGUUACAGUAAUUUGUGCUUUAAAAACAGGGUGGAAAAUAGUAGGCUUUUGCAACUUGGAAACCAUAUCAU